AUGGCUCCUCUCAUUUUUACAACUCUCUUUUCUCUUUUGUUACUCUCAAACACUAACGCCCAUACGAAACAUGGCUUCACCGUCGAUCUGAUCCACCGUGAUUCCCCGAAAUCACCGUUCUACAACCCCGCAGAAACCUCUUCACAACGUAUGAUAAAUGCUAUCCGCCGCUCCGCUCGCAGCACACUCCAGUUGGCCAAGUAUGAAGCUUCACCAAACUCAGCACAAUCUGUAAUCACAUCAAACCACGGUGAGUAUCUCAUGAACAUAUCGAUUGGAACCCCUCCGUUCCCGACACUCGCGAUUGCAGAUACGGGCAGCGACUUGAUCUGGACGCAGUGCAAGCCUUGCAUAAAAUGUUACCGACAGACGGCUCCAAUCUUUAAUCCAAAAGAAUCUACAACAUACAAAAAUGUUUCUUGCUCCUCAAGCAAAUGUCGUGCCCUAGAAGACUCUUCUUGUUCCAAAGCAGAAGACACUUGCUCCUUUAUUAUUGCAUACGGUGACUUUUCAUACACGAAAGGUGUCGUUGCCGUUGACACUGUGACGCUUGGAUCUACUGAUCGCCGCUCUAUGUCGCUUAGAAACGUUACCAUUGGGUGCGGACACAAAAACAGUGGAAAAUUUGACCCGGCUGGGUCAGGGAUCAUUGGACUCGGAAGAGGAUCUACUUCGUUGGUCUCACAACUUGGGAAAUCCAUCAAUGGUAAAUUCUCCUAUUGUUUAGUACCUUUAACGUCUCAAACAGGUCUAACGAGCAAGAUCAAUUUUGGAAGAAACGGCGUCGUCUCAGGAAAGGGAGUGGUGUCAACCCCUUUAGUCCAGAAAGCAGAUUCACCCUCGUUUUAUUACCUAACCAUAGAAGCCGUUAGCGUGGGAAGGAAGAAACUUCAUUUCUCGGGCACAAACAAUGGAACUGGAGAAGGAAACAUCAUUAUCGACUCUGGUACCACUCUAACUCUAUUCCCACCCGAGUUCCAACAAAAGCUGGAACCUGUAGUGGCUUCUACAAUCAAAGCACAUCCAAUGCAAGAUCCUAGUGGACUUUUGAAUCUAUGUUAUAAAAACAUCUCCAGCUUUAAACUUCCCGAGAUAACUAUUCAUUUUAAAGGAGGUGAUGUGAAACUCGAGAACUUGAAUACGUUUGUGGAGGUUGCUGAAGGUCUAUCUUGCUUUGCUUUUUCUGGCAAUGACCGGAUGACCAUAUAUGGCAACUUGGCCCAGAUGAACUUCCUUGUUGGAUACGACACAGUUUCUAAAACUAUGUCGUUUAAGAAGACUAAUUGUGCCAAAAUGUAGCUCCAUAUAACCUUAUCUUAAUUAUAUUUCU